AAUUCGCGCCAUCGAUUAGCGGUUUGAAGCACUUGAACUUGACGUAUGAAUAUGUAGCUCAAUUCAAUUUGCUUCUUAUCAAAAUGUAUAUUGUUAUAACCUCGCCGAUUUUUGAAGAUACGCAGCAACACUUUAUCGCGAUGAAGAGUGAUGUGGUUGAUUUAAUUGAUGUUUUGUUGUGCGUUUCUGGUUUUGAGAAAGAGAGAGAGACGAACGCAAGACACGUUCUACGCGAUGAGGAGCGACAAGAUUUUCCAUUAGGCAUCUAUUAAUUAUUUUCAAAGAAGCGGUUGUACUUUACAGUACGGGAUAUUUUAACAAGAUAAGUAUCUUUUUAAAUAAUUUAAAUAAAAUUCACGUUUCGACGACUUGAUAUUGUAUUUUUGACCAUAUUUUUUUUUUACAAAGGAAGACUAAACAGAGAGUUAGAAAUUCUAAACAUGUUUAGCAUAUUAAAACAGUUAUUUAAAAUUCGGGUCAGUUUAUUGGGUGGGAGGAGAAAACUUUUAGUGGGGGGUAAGCCGUCUAGAUCGCGUUCCGCGACCUUCUUCCUUGCUCAUGGUACGCAUCGUUUUCAGUAACGGAGCAUCCAUGCGACUACAUAAAACGUUAGCGGGUCUUUUGCUUUUCACCAUAGAAGUGUCAAGUGUAUCAUCGGCCGACAGAAAGCGCAGAGUUGUUUUCACAAAAUACAAAUUUCCAUGCUGCCCUCCAGCUUCUCUUCCUCUUUAACAAGAAAUUGAAGGCGCUGACAAGAGCGAUCGGUUGCAGAAUGAAACCGCCUGUGCAAAUCUUCGGUAUGCGAUGCCGUCCGUUGCAACCCUGCAAGUCACUCCACCGCAGGAUCGUUCUUCGGGAUUUUUGCAACGGCACGAUCGCCUCCGAAUGUCCUCAUGCAUCGUCAUCGUCUCAGGGAAUCGCAUCCUCGUAUGUUAAAUCGUACGAUGAGGUGCCGGGGCCGCGGCCAAUACCGAUCCUGGGCAACGCCUGGCGACUGCUGCCUUUAAUCGGCCAGUAUCAAAUCUCGGAUGUCGGAAAAAUCUCUCAGAUGUUCUACGAUGAGUACGGCAAAAUCGUACGACUGAGUGGUUUGAUAGGUCGUCCCGAUCUUCUCUUCGUAUUCGACGCCGAUGAGAUCGAGAAAGUGUACCGGCAGGAGGGCCCGACGCCUUUCAGACCUGCUAUGCCUUGUCUAGUGCAGUAUAAAAGUAUUGUGCGCAAGGACUUCUUUGGCAAGUUGCCCGGCGUCGUUGGCGUGCAUGGUGAACAGUGGAAAGAAUUUCGUACGCGCGUUCAAAAACCCGUUCUGCAGCCGCAAACUGUAAGAAAAUACAUAACGCCUAUCGAAAUAGUCACGGAGGAUUUUAUAAAGAGAAUCGAAGAGAUUAAAGGAGACGAUGAUGAACUGCCUGGUGAUUUCGAUAACGAGAUACAUAAAUGGGCGCUUGAAUGCAUAGGACGCGUAGCGCUCGAUGUUAGACUGGGAUGCUUAGGCAGAACAUUAUCGCCGGAUUCUGAACCGCAAAAGAUCAUCGAUGCCGCCAAGUUUGCACUGAGGAAUGUAGCCGCACUUGAACUUAAGGCUCCGUACUGGAGAUACAUUCCAACGCCCCUUUGGAGCCGUUACGUGCGCAACAUGAAUUAUUUCGUCGAAAUAUGCAUGAAGUACAUCGACGCUGCGAUCAUCAGGCUGAAAAGUAAGAAAGCCAUGAAUGAAAGUGAUUUAUCGCUAGUGGAACGUAUUUUGGCCAAGGAAACGGAUCCUAAAAUAGCUUAUAUUUUUGCCCUUGAUCUGAUAUUGGUCGGCAUUGACACGAUAUCAAUGGCGGUGUGCUCCAUAUUGUACCAAAUAGCGACUAGACCAGAGGAGCAGGAAAAGAUACAUCAAGAACUGCUGCAGAUAUUGCCGGAUCCUUCUGUUCCUCUCACAACGAGUCAUCUAGAUCGAGCAACUUACACGAAAGCCUUUAUUCGCGAAGUGUUCAGGGUAUAUUCCACCGUCAUAGGAAAUGGCAGAACGUUGCAAAACGACACUGUCAUCUGCGGUUACAAAAUACCAAAAGGAAUCCAAGUUGUAUUCCCCACGCUAGUUACGGGUAAUAUGGAAGAAUACGUCGCGGACGCAAAAACGUUCAAGCCUGCGAGGUGGCUCAAGGACGCUGACAAUGAAAAAUUGCAUCCAUUCGCGUCGCUGCCGUACGGUUACGGGGCUCGAAUGUGUUUGGGCAGACGAUUCGCUGACCUCGAAAUGCAAGUGCUGCUUGCAAAGCUUUUGAGAUCGUACAAGCUGGAGUACCACCACAAGCCACUAAAUUACAAUGUCACGUUUAUGUACGCACCGGAUGGAGAACUCAAAUUUAAAGUAAUAAAGAGAUAACCUAUGCAUCCUGUAAAUUGAUAGACGAAUUCAAAGUAGCAUAAAUUAAAGUAGAAGAAGA